UUGCUUUCAGUGCUCCCUUGAACCGCAAUCACUAUAUCAUCAUGGUUUGGGGCGCCGCAAAGGCGUGUCUUUACGCCUUCCUUACUCUCCUUUUCCUUGCGACUCUCUUUGGAACGUCCAAUGCGUCUUUAGGAGACCACCUCCCUGAGUUCAAGGAGUGUGUUAAGGUGCGCAUCCACCAACCAUUGGGCUGGCUGCACUCCUCCUUCGGGCAGUCAUCUAACAGCUGGGCGACAGGUCUGUCAGGAAGAGAACUGCCAACAUGGCAAUGCCGUUAUACCAUUCCACCUUCGCCUUAUGUUCUGGACGUGUCCUGCUGAAUGCGAUUACACCUGCCAACAUGUUGUGACAGAUCGUCGAUUAUCUCGAGACCCUCCAAUGAUUAGCCCGGUGUUGCAGUUUCAUGGGAAAUGGCCGUUCCACAGGAUCAUGGGCAUGCAGGAGCCGUUCUCCGUCCUUUUCUCCCUCUUUAAUUUUCUCGCGCAUUGGAACGGCCUUGCUCGAAUCAGGGAGUCGAUCCCAGAGUGGUAUUCUCUGCGGAAAUAUUACCUUGGGUUUGGAUACGUGGGGCUCGCAAGCUGGACGUUUAGCAUGCUCUUUCACACAAGGGAUUUUCCCUUGACGGAGAAAUUGGACUACUUUGCCGCCGGCGCUAACGUUCUCUAUGGUCUUUUCCUAUCUGUCGUCCGGAUACUGCGCCUUGACCAAGAAGAACCCCCAUACAAGCCGACCGUACGACGGCUUUGGAUAGCAAUCUGUGCCAUCCUUUAUGCCAUGCACGUCUCGUACCUCAGUUUCUGGUCCUGGGACUAUACUUAUAACAUGAUAGCCAAUGUUGUGGUUGGGAUUAUUCAAAACCUACUGUGGACAGCCUUCAGCGUGGUCCGGUAUCAAAAGUACCUGAAAUCGUGGACUGCCUGGCCAGGCAUGAUCGUUGCUUGGAUUGUUCUGGCGAUGAGUCUCGAACUUCUAGAUUUCCCGCCUUGGAAUGGAUUAAUUGAUGCCCAUAGUCUAUGGCAUCUGGGUACGGUGGUUCCCACGGUCUGGUGGUAUUCGUAAGUCUUUUUCCUAGUUCGACAAAUUCUUUCAUUCAGGAUCGGAUCAGAUUCAGGAUUGGAUAGGACACUGACCGUCACUUGUUAGCUUCCUCAUCAAAGAUACCCUGGAUGAUAUGGCAGGAGAGAGAUAUAAGGCGUGAUUUCUUUUCUUUUGCUUCCUUCUCAUUAUGCUCUUCGGUGGCUCCUUGCUCUAGUUCAAUGGGGAUCCUGUGAAGCCUGUAUAACCUGUAUUUGUACGUCAACGCCAGAUAUCUAGAUAGCUAGCUCAAAUGAAGUGUACUAUGC